CACUCAAAACUACAGCAAUGUCAUCGAGUGAGAGUGAAUUUUCAGAUUAUGUUUCCUUGGAUUCCGAAGAUGCAUCGAGCUUAUCAGAGUCUUUAUCUGAGAUACUCAAUGCCGACGACGUUGAAAGUAAUAAUUACGUGUACGAAGAGGAGCCAGAGGCUACUGAGGAAAAAAAUGCUGCCUACCUCAAACAGGUUGAAGCCGAGGAGAAGCUAGAGGAAGACCUCAAGAAACGUUUCAACGAAGAAAGUCAAGUAAAUACRUGGUGUAAAUGUUCUAACUGUUCCGUCGAAAAUCUAGUGAAGCACGAGGAGUGUUUUUGUUGCAUUGAACUCGACCGUUGUCAAGAGAAAAUGGAGAGUAGAGUAUAGAAAUGGACAACCGUUGCAUUACAAUCCAUCCAGGAUUUCGCAACGUUUGCUUAGACAAAUGGGUCCUCGAAGUUGCAGCUAUAGGACUYAAAACACGGAAAGGACGUAGUUACUUGGCGCUAUAUAGAGAAGGCAGGAAAACUGAAUCCGAGUUUCUACGUUCUGUGGGAUACAGACAGGUCAUAAGAUUUAUUUUCGACUACAUGGGUAACAGUAUGAGAACACCACUGCCUGCUUGUGUUUAUCAUGCCAUAAGGGCUAAGUUCCCAAGUGACAAUUACGAAGGUUUUGAAGAAGAAGAAGUGGAAGAGGAAGACGAUGACGAAGAUGAAGGAGAUGAAAUGAACAAUGAAGUACUUCUGCUUAGCCUCUUCUUUGGUUUCUUUGUCUAACAUGCUGUGCAUUGGCUCAGGUGUAGAUUCCUUUAGCUCCUCUUCCA